CAGAUCUGCCCGGCUAUAUGCGAGCGGAGGAGAAGAGGAAAGGGAUGCCGAAAAAAUGAAACUCCUCAGCACUAUUUUUUUCGCACAUUUUUCUGCUGGAGAAGACGGAGACCAGCCCUACGACACCCUCUACGGAUUAAUACCUAUCUUCACUACUGAGUAAACUUGAGCGCGUGCUGUCAUCGCGACAGAAACGGAGGUGAACGCGAGAGAUUUUUAGGAGAAAAGCGACCAUAUUGAGGUCAGAGGAAAGCGUUGCCAAGGCGACCAGCUUGCUAGGGAGGAAACUGCGGCGCGCGUCCCACGCCGGGAACGAGCGUGCGUGCUUGCGAGGGUGCGCACGUAAGCGCGGGCGACAGCUCGCUGAGGCAGUCACGGCAUCCACACAGCGGCAACGGCAGCAGAGGCAGCAUCUUUUCACACAAGACUAGCAGAAGACCAUGCAGUCCAUGUCCGCCGUUACCAAGACGAGCUAAAGCAAGCCGAGGCUCGCACCGCCACUUGAACCGGUGAACGGCGGUGUCAGAGGUCUCCUUCAGGGGAUUUAUUGAGGAUUUAUCGACGACGUCCCAGAAAAAAAAGGCUCAAAAACACAGCUACCAUUCGUCAACACAGGUGACACUUUCCCGGCUGUCAAAUCUGCCGAGACACCGCAGACACGACUUAUUUAAGGUUUAUUUUUGUCGUUUUAAGGCCUCGAUAAAAACAGACAUUCCUUCUGAGGCUAACCGGACUGUCAGCCGAGACAUGAAUACAGCCUAUUGCCGUGCAGGAGAAGACGGGGAAGGAGCCGAGCCUGCCUGCUCGGAUGGGGAGUCAUACUAGGCUGCUGGAUGUGGUGUGUGAUGCAGUACAGCAGCUUUAUGUUUGUCUCCAGUCUGGUCCCACCUGCCGGCCCGGUUGGCUUGAACGAGAUAGUUCUGUAGGACGGCAUUUUUGAAGGUGGUGCAUUUAUUAUUAUUGUUAUUAUUAUUAUUAUUAUUAUUAUUAUUAUUACUAUUAUUUUUCAAGAAACAAGCACUUUUUUUGCUCGCUUGACGUUCACCGCUGCUGUAGGAAGGUUUAGUGAAGAGGAGAAGGAGAAAUCUCUGGGGGAAAACAUCAGUGGGAAUCUGGCACCACACCAGAGCCCGUGGAUCACAAAUUAACAGAAUUCAGUGGCUGUAAGAGACGUCAAUCAAAUGAUCUGGAUAAUAGAAGACCAAUAGGGAUGGAACGCAACAGAACCAUGGCUGGGGAAGCGUUUCGGCUCCUUGUUGCUCAGAAUCAACACUGACCUGACAUCCCACACCGGGGGGCCAGGCCUCCUUUCUCCAGCACCCCAAGGACCCUUCUUUCCCCCAGCAACUGCUUUGCCUUCCAUCUCACCUUUGCUCUUGAUCAGACCUCCGUAAAAGCUCCUUUUACUCUUCCAGGGUCUGCCUGCUUUUGUUUUUAAUCCCCCUCUUAUGCUUUACCUUCCAGAGUGUUGGUCAUAAUCCCUAUUCUCUCCGAAAAAGACUGAAGUGCUCCAAAACAGACUAGACGCAGGUGGCUGAACAGUAUGAAUCCAGUCAUGUACCCCCUUCCACUUGCUCUGAGUAAACAAAAGCGGCAAGCUUUGUUGUCCAGGACUCGGCCCCUUAGUCUCAUGACAGACUGGUGCCUAAUGGGUGUGCUAGGCCUCAUCCUCCUCUUCAGCCUGGCCUCGAGCCAGAAGCUAGACCCUUCCAAACACCCCAUCGUCACCACCAAUUAUGGCAAGAUCCGAGGCAUCAAGAAGGACUUAAACAAUGAGAUCCUGGGCCCUGUGGAGCAGUACCUAGGCGUCCCCUACGCCACGGCACCCAUCGGCGACCGCCGCUUUCAGCCGCCUGAAGCCCCGGGAUCCUGGCAGGAGAUCCGCAACGCCACCCAGUUUGCCCCCGUGUGCCCUCAGAACGUGCACGGCGUGCUGCCGGAGAUCAUGCUGCCCGUGUGGUUCACAGACAACCUGGACGUGGCAGCGGGUUACAUCCAGAACCAGAGCGAGGACUGCCUCUACCUCAAUGUCUACGUGCCCACGGAGGAUGGUCCGCUCACAAAAAAACAUGAUGAAUCUUCAAUGAACAAGCCUCGAGACGAAGAUAUCCGUGACCGCAGGAAGAAGCCUGUGAUGCUGUUUAUUCAUGGAGGCUCCUACAUGGAGGGCACCGGAAACAUGUUUGAUGCCAGCGUCUUGGCCGCCUACGGCAACGUGAUCGUGGUGACCAUGAACUACCGGCUCGGUGUCCUCGGCUUCCUCAGCACCGGUGAUCAGUCGGCUAAGGGGAACUACGGCCUGCUGGACCAGAUUCAGGCCCUGCGUUGGCUCAACGAGAACAUUGGCCACUUCGGUGGAGACCCAGAGAGGAUCACCAUCUUUGGCUCAGGAGCUGGGGCAUCCUGCGUCAACCUCCUCAUCCUCUCACACCACUCGGAGGGUCUGUUCCACAGGGCCAUAGCCCAGAGUGGAACUGCCAUCUCCAGCUGGUCUGUCAACUACCAGCCCCUUAAGUACACCAAGAUCUUGGCCCGGAAGGUGGGCUGCACCUACACGGAGACGGCCGACCUGGUCGACUGCCUGAGGCGCAAGAACUUCCGGGAGCUGGUGGACCAGGACAUCCAGCCGGCGCGCUACCACAUCGCCUUUGGCCCCGUGGUGGACGGAGAUGUAGUGCCCGACGAUCCGGAGAUCCUCAUGCAGCAGGGGGAGUUCCUCAACUAUGACAUCCUUAUAGGAGUGAACCAAGGAGAGGGGCUGAAGUUUGUGGACGACAGCGAGGACAACGACGGCAUCUCAGCCGCAGCAUUCGACUACACCAUCUCCAACUUUGUGGACAACCUCUAUGGCUACCCUGAAGGCAAAGACAUCCUGAGGGAGACCAUUAAAUUUAUGUACACAGACUGGGCAGACAGGGACAAUGGCGACAUGCGGAGGAAGACCCUCUUAGCUCUGUUUACAGACCACCAGUGGGUGGCACCAGCAGUGGCCACCGCCAAACUCCAUGCCGAGUUUCAGUCCCCGGUUUACUUUUACACUUUCUACCACCACUGUCAGACCGAGACGCGGCCGGAAUGGGCCGACGCCGCCCACGGAGACGAGAUACCGUACGUGUUUGGCGUGCCCAUGAUCGGCGCUACCGAUCUGUUCCCGUGCAACUUCUCCAAGAAUGACGUGAUGUUGAGUGCCGUGGUCAUGACUUACUGGACCAACUUUGCCAAGACUGGGGACCCUAACCUGCCGGUCCCUCAGGACACCAAGUUCAUUCACACCAAGCCCAACCGCUUUGAAGAGGUCAUCUGGACCAAGUUCAACUCCAAGGACAAGCAGUACCUCCACAUUGGCUUGAAGCCACGCGUUAGAGACAACUACAGGGCCAACAAGGUGGCCUUCUGGCUGGAAUUAGUCCCCCACCUCCAUAGUCUACAUGAGGACCUGUUCCCCACUACUACCCGCUCGCCGCCAGGCCCUGGCCCAGGCACCCACAGACCCUGGCCCAGGACACCGGGCCCCCGCACCACCCGUCACCCUUACCCCACCUUCCCCUCUGAUCCUGAGUCUGAGGGUUCGGAGCGUCCUCACCAGGACCUUUUCCCCGGGGACACCCGGGACUACUCCACCGAGCUGAGUGUGACGGUCGCUGUGGGCGCGUCGCUCCUCUUCCUCAACAUCUUGGCCUUUGCCGCCCUUUAUUACAAGCGUGACAAGCGGCACGAGAUGCGCCGCCACCGGCUGUCUCCGCAGCGCGGCGGGCCCGCCAACGACCUGGCCCACAGCCAGGAGGAGGAGAUCAUGUCCCUGCAGAUGAAGCACUCGGAGCACGACGCUCACCACGACAUGGAGCCGCUUCGGCCCCACGACAUCCUGCGGCCCGCCUGCCCGCCAGACUACACGCUGGCGCUGCGCCGUGCGCCCGACGACGUGCCACUGAUGACACCCAACACCAUCACCAUGAUCCCGAGUACCAUCACCAGCAUGCAGCCUCUUCACGCCUUCAACACCUUCCCCUCAACCGGUCACAACAACACGCUGCCCCAUCCCCACUCCACCACCAGGGUAUAGUAGGGAGUGACUGGCCUAGGGAGCAGGAAGACUGAAUCUAGAACGGAGGCCUCUGGAUGGGGGCCUCUGUUUUGUUCUCUUACUCGCUUGUUUCUCCAAAAAACAACGCCGUCAUGUGCUGUCGAACUUAACAGCUCCACCGGUGGCUUGUGGAGAAGCGACUGAACAGAUGAUCAGUUUGGGGGUGGGGGGGAUUUAGAUCUUUCAAAGAUACUGUUUUCAAAGGUCUGCGUUUUCCAGACUCAAGCUCCCUGACAUUUGUCAAAAGGACAGAUGCUUUUCGCCCCCUUGCAGUUUUCCCUUUUUUAAAUUUACUUUGGCUUUGUCUUUUUUUCUCUCCCUGGUGUUAUGUGCAAAUGCCGUUCUCCUUUCUACGUCUGUGUCUUACUCUUGCGUUGUUUCUCUCAUUCAACACGUGAUUAACUCCCUCUCCCUAGCGCUCCUUUGCUCUAAAGGACUAACAACUAAUGAGCUCUAGGAGGUUGCAUAGCAUACAUACACUAAUCAAAUAGCUAUGAAAACAUUGAUAUCUGAUACUUUCAUUCUACCAGCAUUCUUGGUGCCAAGUAUGUACUACUGUGUUUGCUUUCUCAUUGAGGGAGAAAAAAAACUAAAGAAAAAUCAAGAGUAUUCCUAUUUACUGUCAAUUAACAGAUGCUGUGUGUUCUCAUGACAAAGUGCCAAACUGGCCCUUGAUUGUGUUUAGUUUUUUUUUCAUCUUCUGUUUCUGUUUUUCAAGCAUUUGUUUAAUAGUUGUUUUUUGUGGAAAGAUUAUUUUGCUGAAAAUAUAGAUAUAGAGAAAUGAUAUACAUAGUUAUAUAUAAAUGUGUACAAAGGAGAAAGUAUAUUAAUGCGUUUUCUCAGCGGGGAUCUAUGCAUGAAUUAUUUUUAAAGAGGGGGAAAGGACACUGUAUUUGUCAAUGCACGUUUCCCAAAUCUAAUCAAAUCAUAUCGGUCCACUCUGGAUAUUUUGUUUUAUCUCUCGCAGAACAAGAACGUCACAGAAAAUCCUGUAGAAACCCAACCCAGGGGUCAUUGCAACAACUGUGACCAUACUUCAUUCUCUUCUGCAGAACAUGAUGCUAAUCAGAAGUUUUUCUCCCAACCACAGUGAGCCCAUCAUCCUACAGUAGCUACUUUUUCUUCCCAUCUGUAUGGAGAUGAUGCUUUUUUUUAGGGUACGUAAGGUACCACAUCUGUUGUUGUAGCUUGCCUGUACAGAAUUAUUUUUGUAUUUCAUUAAGAGUGAGAAACAAAGCAGAGACGGGGAGCCUUUGCUCUUUUAUGUAUACCUUCCUUGUCCUGUCUGCACCCCUAUUUCCAGCACAUGCAAUUUCUGUGUGUGUGUGUGUGUGUGUGUGUGUGUGUGUGUGUGUGUGUGUGUGUGUGUGUGUGUGUGUGUGUGUGUGUGUGUGUGUGUGUGUGUGUGUGUGUGUGUGUGUGUGGGCCCUAAUUAGCAAAGAGAUAGAGAGGCAGACAGGUUGGAUCACUCCCAUGGUAAAAAACAAAAAAACAACUUUGACUCCAAAAUGAGCUCCCUUCUGCUGCGUACCCAAACACCCUCCUCUGUAUCAACAUCACUUGCUCCCUCUGUCAGUACAUUAGCUUUGUAUUCCAAACUGACGUCCAUAUUGCGGCGAUCACACAUGAUCAACUCCCCGCUGUGAACCACAGAACUCCAAAACACCUGACUACACUGUGUCAGCUGCGUUCUACACAAUAUCUGACCUCAGUUCGGCUCUGCUAUUAUCCUCACAUUCAAAGGGGUUAGUUCAAGAAUCUAGUGACUUUUUUUGUGAGCACGUCAGUUGUAAACGAAACUCUAAGCACACCGAGGGUAAGUGGCAGGCCUCCGCGGCCUGCGACGCAGAGCUGCAAGAUUUAAAAAGAAAAUUAAAAAAAGGGGGACUCGGAUCUCCUAAACAGGGUAAAAUGCAACACAGUUAACAACUGCUGUUUUCUGAUUCUGCUUUUUUCUUUCGGGUGAGAAUGUGCAGACCUCCCCCUUUCAAUUCUCUGCUACGGAUCUCAAACAUGGAUCAUGGGUAAUACUCUGGUUGAUACAGAAUGUGAACUGAACAGGAACACAUGGAAGCCUACAUCCACUAUGGGAGAAGUUAGUCACCGGUGCUGUCUUUGCUUGUGCUUUAGCUUUAGCCUAGUUUGUUUGUUUGUUUGUUUUGUAUUUUAUAACUGCCUAACGGGGUGGUGGGGGGACGGGCUGGAGAGGGACAGAUGUACCUGGCUGCUCCUGUCAGAGAUUUUCUAAGCCCCACUGAAAAGGGAAAUGUGCACAAUGUAAAACACAAAACAACUGACUUGGGGGGGGGUGCUACAGGUGGAUAAAUGCUGUGGAACAGAUGAUGGACAGCGAAAGCAAAAGGUGCGCGCUAUAGUGAAGGAGACUUUGGGAGGAGAUUGGAAAAAGGCUUGCAGCCUUAAAUGAAGGAAUCCGGAACAAAAGAGGAUGAAGUUAUCAUGACCAGAACCCUUUUGUACUCACUCCUGUGAAUAAGGAGGCGGUGAGGGGCUGUGAGGUAAACCUCACCACAACACAGCUACAAUGACACCAUUGGAGGUGAAAACAGAAACAAGGUAUUUAGUUUGGUCUGCUCUGUUUCCCUGUCUAUUUUAUAAGCUAACACUGGAGGGCGCCAUUGUGACAGAUUGACUGCGGUGUGUCCGCUCUGAGGACACUGCUGGAUGUGAGAAGAAAAAAUACCAAACCAGGUGGCAAGGACAGAGACAGACACACAACAUCUGGAAGAGGAUCAAAACUGUACAUUUUUAAGUGUAAGAAUCAAACAGACAAAAUAUUUGUAAAUAUUAAGUUUCUUGUUUGUUUUUUCUUUUCAUUUUUCUUUCCGAGUGAAUGAAUGAAAUGCCUAUUUUGUGACAAAAAAAAAAGACAACAGAUGCAAUUUGCAACAAAAGGCCAACAAUUUGAGGUUUGAGAAACACUGGGGGGUACAAAGUGUUUGCCACGGAUCACUUUUCAUGCCAUUAGAAAAUGACUGUGAAUGUUGUCUCAUGUUGCCCACUAUAGUGGGCAUCCGGUAGCAUCACCACUCCUAACCAGGACACUCGCUGUAGCAGAAUUCCAUCUCCACUGCAACCCUUACACAACACAGGGCCUGUCGUUAGCGUAUGCCAUGUUUCUAAUGAAUCUUACAUUUUAAAAUUUGAAAAGUAUAAUUUAAGUCUUUUGUUUCAUUGCGCAUUGUUUUUUAUUUUGGAAUACAUCUUAUGAUCUAACAGCAUUUCUGAAGAAUAAGUGCUGCGUGAUCCAUGUAACGUUUUAUGGAAACCUCAGAGCUGGGAAAAGCCAGCUUUGGCCAUCUAAUGUCAUGGCGGUGUAGGGAACUGGCCUGUGACUCAUUGUGAGGACUUCUAAACGCAAGGUGCAGUCGAUUCAGCUUCAGCUCACUUCACAUGUAGCCUAGCAGUGUUUACAUGUAGCCACUAAAUCACACACGUGGGACAGACCUGAGGGCUUUCAUACCAUAAGAUGCCUCGUAGAGUAAGGAGAUUACAACGGUGGUCUGCGCUUUUCUUUCCACACGCACUGUGUUGCAUUGUGGGUAUGGAGGCCGUAUUGACCUGACAGCGAUGUGAUGUAGCAGGAACGACUUUCUAAACAGUUUAGAGAUGGAUGAAAUGUUAAGUCAAUCUGAAGAGGUCCAGUGCACUUUCAGAGUCUGAGCGUGCGUACUGGAUGUACGUGGACACACACUCUGCCUCGUCUGGGUUAUAAAGUGACUUGCUGAAGCCCUGUGGUCCACACAGUUUAAUAUGCCCAGAAACUGCGCUCAGCCAAGCAAAAAUGACCUCAUAUCACUGAGGUUAUUUGAUUCUGUGUCGGGGCCGUGGUGCAUGUAAGCACAUGGUUACCACCCCAGUCACGCCCAUAAAUCUCCGGCUUGGUCUCCAUUGUUAAGUUGCACCUGUUGUCUUGUUUAACAUUCUUUGUUGAAUUCAGAAACCCAAGACUUGAGAUGAAGAAAAAUGUUAAAUAAUGGAGUUAAAAAAAACGCUGAUUAUUAAAAAAAAAAAAGUAUAGUAAAACUAUAUAAAUACAUGAGGUGAUGAUAUUUCUGUUUACUUUAGAAGUUAUUAUACACUGUAUGCUGUGAUUCUGAUCUGGGAAACAUUAAAGACAUUCAUAGCCA